AUGCAGCUCACCACGCUCGUCGUCACUUCUCUCGCCGCAGGCUCCGCCUCCGCCUUCCACUGGGGGACCAGCGCCCCUCCCGCGGGCUUUGGUGCUGCCGCCGCCGCUACCGACGCUGUCGCUCCUGCUCCUGCUGGUUUUUCCAGUCCUCCUUCUGGUCCCCCUUCUCCCGGUGCUCCUGGAGCCAGACGUCCAGUCCAGGCUGAUAUGGAGGAGGAAGAUGCCGCCGUCACUGCCACUGCCGAAUAUGAACCUGAUUGUGAAGAAGAUGAAGAGUCUGUCGGUGAGGGCGAGGACAACGACGCCGUUGUCGCCUCGAGCACCACCAUCUUCUGCCCUACGCCUACCAGCUUUAUUUGGAAUGGAGCUCCUGUCGCGGUGACAGCUCCAACUGUUCUCACCCUUCCGUGCACUACCGAUGCUGCGGGUGCUACUGCCGCUCCCUUCCACCCCCCUCCCGCUCGUCCUCCCCACGGUCCUCACGGCCCUUGGUCCGCCUGGGGUUCCGCCGCCCCGGCCCCGAACUCGUUCUCUACGGCUUGCGACUCGUUCGUCACCCAGACUGCCGUCGCCACGGCUACCACUACAGAGAUGGUUAUCCCUGUUACUCAUGCCGAGCCAACUUGGACCAAGGCUCCUGCUCAACCUAGUGUUGUGAUGGCUGGUGCCGCACGUGGUUACCCUGCCGCUGCCGCUGUGUUGGCUGUGGUUCUUGGUAUGGUUGGAGUUUUUGGCUUUUGAGAACACGAUCUGGAUAAGUUUCUUUUGUUUGCUUUUCCUGGGUCAUGAUGUAUGGAUGAAUGGACUGUCACAGACAAUUGGUAAGCGCUGAUGGUGUAACUUGACAUCUAUCUAACUGCCUUUGAGAUGAUCGUGCUAUCUUGGGGAUUUCGCUUCUCUCUCUUUUUUUCUUUUUUUUUUCUUUGCUAGGGUUUUGCUUUCUUGUUUAGAUUUGUAUUUUGAGAGUAGUUUCGUCCCAUUCUCGUGCUGUGAUACUUUGCAUUUAGAGUACUUUU